AUGGAAAACCGCACAGCUUUGGACGUACUAUAUAAGGCGUCCUCCCAAGAAAAAGAAAACACUCACAGACCAGAUUUCAUUUCUGGAAAAGAUGCAGGAACUAUUGGUGAAAAAAAUUAUGGAAAUGACAGAGAUGGUUCUUCUAUCUCGCCCAGCAAUAGUAAAUGUCACAUGUUCAAUACGGAAAAGGAUCUCACAUGA